CAUCCUCAGGGGCAUUGCAAUGGUCCUCCUCAAGCUCAAGUCGCGUACGCGAUCCGUCAAGGUCCCUUCAACCCUCGAAGUCCCUACCACCGCAACCAUUGAUGAUCUCCGCAAACUCCUCCACUCUCACACGCGUCUGAACGUCAACCGCCAACGUCUCACUCUCGAGAACAAGACCGCCCUUACCAACCCUUCCCAGACCCUUGAGGCCGCGGGCGUCAACGAGGGAGACAUCGUCUAUGUCAAGGAUCUUGGACCGCAGAUUAGCUGGACGACUGUUUUCGUUGUGGAGUAUUUGGGUCCGAUUUUGAUUCACCCCAUCUUCUACUACAGCGGUCUCCAGAAGCUCAUCUACGGUCGCGAGUUCGAGCACUCUAACGUUCAAUAUGCCGUCCUCAUUAUGGUCAUCCUCCACUUUCUCAAGCGCGAAUACGAAACCCUUUUCGUCCACCGUUUUUCCCUCGACACCAUGCCCGCCUUCAACAUCUUCAAAAACUCCGCCCACUACUGGUUCCUCUCCGGCUUUAACCUCGCAUACUGGGUCUACGGCCCCUGGGCCGCCAAGAACAAUUUGUCGCAGAAUGCGUUGUACGCGUGUAUCGCUGCUUGGGUCUUUGCGCAGAUUUCGAACUACAAGUGUCAUGCUAUCGUUAGGGAUUUGAGGCCGGCUGGGUCGAGGGAGAGGAGGAUUCCGAGGGGGUAUGGGUUCAACCUUGUUUCGUUCCCCAACUACUUUUUCGAGACGAUGGGAUGGACUAUUGUUGCUUUGAUGACCAGGUCGUUGGCGGCUUACCUCUUCCUUAUCGUCUCUUCUGGACAGAUGCUCGUUUGGGCCAUCAAGAAGCACCAGAGAUACCGCAAGGAGUUCAGGGACUACCCUAGGGGAAGGAAGGCCAUGUUCCCUUUCAUCAUCUAAAUGGGGUGCUGUUGUUGGUCGGGAAUGGCAAGUGUUCGGCUUUUCGCGUAGUGGUUAGCACCGUGGGAACAUUGACAUUGGAACAUGAUAUCUAGGCAGUAAUUGCUACAUAUAUUGCCCAUAUAUGUACAUGUCCCUCUCGUAAAUUUCCUGUCAUCAGAACUAUCGUACAUUGUUAACUAUUGGUACAUUCUCAGAAGUAUCUUAGAGAUCCUUCUUGAUAGGACCCGUCUUGGGCUUGGUCCACUUGUCGAAAUACUUCAUCCCAAUUGACAGAGACAACAACUGUCCCGCAAAAAUCGGAGCAUG